UUCUGUUCUUUGUUUUAAAGAAAGCUCUGGUUUUGUUUCAUUUUCUGCUGGAGACUUAAAUGACACGAAGCAAAGCCUACUUAGUUUAGAUUUCCAGAAACUGGGUGGUGAAAAAUCAGCAUGAAGUUUGCAAGUUUGUUUUUUUUUCUGCUUAUCAUUUUUCAAACUGAUUUUGGACAAAAUGAUGAAGCUUCUAGGAAGCAAAGGAAGAUGUAUUAUAGAAGACUGAAGAAAAGUUCAUCUCUCCACAGAUCCAGGAGACAGCUUAGAAUUCAGCAAAUAAUGAUGGUGCAACCAGCAGAAAAACUUCCCAUGGUUAACUUGGAUUAUAGCACAGAGGAGAAGUUUGAAUCCUUUUCAAGUGUCGUUGGUGUAGAAUCAAGCUAUAAUAUACUACCAGGAAAGAAGGGACACUGUUUGGUAAAUGGGAUGACCAUGUACAACAGCGCUGCAUGGUCUCCUGAGCCCUGCACUACCUGCCUCUGUUCAAAUGGAAGAGUGCUUUGUGAUAAAACCAUGUGCCAUCCUCAGAGGUGUCCCAAAACAGUUACACCUGAAGGAGAAUGCUGCCCAGUCUGCUCUGAAACCGAACAAAGAGAAACUAUUAAUUUACUUCAUAAGCAACGGCCACCUCCUCCAGUGGAAAUGGAGCAAGCACUGAGAGAAGAGGAACUUCAAUUUGAGGAAUAUAAAGAAGAAAUUAAAGAAAAUGAAGAUAGAGAGCAAAAGAAAAAUAUUCCUGGAACUGGAGAUGGGAAGAGACUUCCUACUGAGAGGCAGAGCAGAGAAGGGGCAGAGCAGAGACCUGGAGAGGAGGGGAGGCAGACCCAUCAACACGGAAGCACAGCAAGCGGGGAGGAGGAGGAGGAGGAAAAGGAAGAGGAGGACUACAAGGACCAGUAUGAGACCAUCAGAGGAGACGUAUUCAGGAUGCCAUCUCCACUCCCAGUCCCUGCCCCUCCCAGAGGCAUGCCACCUCUGCCAAGUGGAUGUUCUUUGUCCUAUAGGACCAUCAGCUGCAGCAGCGCUGACCUCACAGAGAUACCACCGCUAACAGCACCAGAGAUAACAAGCUUGGAGCUUCCUGGCAAUUCCAUCACCUCCAUUCCAGAUGAAGCCUUUAAUGGAUUACCAAAUUUGGAAAGGCUUGAUUUGAGCAAAAAUAAUAUCACCUCCUCAGGCAUAGGUCCAAAAGCAUUCAAGCUUCUGAAGAAAUUAAUGCAUCUAAAUAUGGAUGGGAACAAUUUGGCAGAGAUUCCUUCAGAACUACCAUCUACAUUAGAAGAACUUAAAAUCAGUGAGAACAAUCUUCGGGCUAUUGAAGAAGAAAGUUUAUCAGAUUUAAAUCAAUUGGUCACCUUAGAACUGGAAGGAAACAAUCUCAGUGAAACCAACGUCAAUCCUUUAGCUUUCAAACCUUUGAAGAGCCUAUCCUACCUGCGGCUGGGAAGAAAUAAAUUUAGAAUUAUACCACAGGGUCUUCCUGCUUCAAUUGAGGAAUUAUACCUAGAAAAUAACCAAAUUGAAGAAAUAACUGAAAUAUGUUUCAAUCAUACCAGAAAUAUCAAUGUCAUUGUACUAUGUUAUAAUAAAAUCGAAGAAAAUAGGAUUGCCCCUUUAGCCUGGAUAAACCAAGAAAAUCUGGAAUCAAUUGACCUUUCCUACAACAAGCUCUACCAUGUCCCCUCCUAUCUCCCCAAGUCGCUGCUGCACCUUGUGCUCUUGGGGAACAGGAUUGAGCGCAUCCCUGGCUAUGUGUUUGGCCACAUGCAGCCAGGCCUGGAAUAUCUGUACCUCUCAUUCAACAAACUCUCUGAUGAUGGUGUGGACCGAGUCUCCUUCUAUGGGGCUUAUCAUUCUCUGAGAGAGCUGUUUCUGGAUCACAAUGACUUAAAAUCUAUACCACCAGGCAUUCAAGAAAUGAAAGCACUACAUUUCUUGAGGUUGAACAACAACAAGAUACGGGAUAUUCUUCCAGAACAAAUUUGCAGUGCUGAAGAUGAUGACGAUUCAACACUGGAAUAUCUUCAUCUUGAAAACAAUUAUAUUAAAACAAGAGAAAUAUCACCCUAUGCAUUUUCAUGCAUAAGAUCAUAUUCGAGUAUCAUUCUUAAACCACAGAAUAUCAAGUAAUACUACAUUUGCCUUUGUCAUUUAUAAGCUAUAUUUAUAUAUU